AUGAUCGGAAUGAUGAAUAGUGGUGCCGAAUCAUCGGUGGAGUUCUAUGCGGCAGCGAGGCAGAGCAGUCUUUAUGAGCCAAGGAAGAAGAGCAAUCAGUCAAGAACAUACACUCCAGAAGGUCGUGUCCUUGUAAAUGGUGCUCCAUUAUCUCCUACACUUGAUGCAGAUGAUCUCUGGAAAAAUAUGAUAAUCAAGGCUGCCGCUCAGAAAAUGAUCAAGGAAAACUGUGAGAAGAAAGAGUCCGGACCAAUGGCAACAAUCAGAAGAUUAUCGGAGAAAUUGAAACUGAAAAAGUCAAAAUCAUCAGCAGCAAUGAUGAAUCUCGACUUGAAUUUGGAUAUUCCAGAAGUGACAGAGGUGGAAUCCAGUUCGAAAGCCCCUCUUCCAACUCAAUCCUCUAUUCCAUCUCAAUUCGUGACAAAUAUCAAAAUUGAGGAGGUCGAUCCAUCUGUAUUCUUUGUUCAGCCGUCCGAAUCAGUGGACCGUCCACAAAUGCUAUUCGAUGAGUCGAGUGUUCUUGCCAGGUUGCUCGAAGAGUCCUCUCGAAUCGAUCGAAUGGAAAAAGAGUUUGCUGAGAAAGACAGUGGAAAGGGAAGUAUCGAUGACGAUUCGAGUGCUUCCGUGGUAGUACACAAGUUGUAA